AUGUUUAACGGGAUGAUGGAUCCUGAGAUGAUCCGGCUCGCUCAAGAACAGAUGAGUCGUAUGACCCCAGCUGAUUUCGCUAGGAUCCAGCAGCAGAUGAUGUCAAAUCCAGAUUUGAUGAAUAUGGCAACUGAGAGUAUGAAGAACAUGAGGCCUGAAGAUUUGAAACAAGCUGCUGAACAGCUUAAGCAUACUCGCCCUGAGGAUAUGGCUGAGAUUAGUGAGAAGAUGGCUAAGGCUUCCCCUGAAGAUCUUGCAGCUAUGCGUGCUCAUGCGGAUGCUCAGUUUACUUAUCAGAUUAAUGCUGCUCAGAUGCUCAAGAAACAGGGGAAUGAGCUUCAUAGCCGAGGAAAUUUCAGUGAAGCUGCGGAGAAAUAUUUGCGUGCGAAGAACAAUCUGAAAGACAUUCCAUCAUCUAAAGGUGGCGCACUUUUGUUGGCUUGUUCUCUCAAUCUAAUGUCAUGUUAUUUGAAGACGAAUCAGCAUGAAUAUUGCAUAAAGGAAGGUUCUGAGGUUUUGGCAUAUGAUGCAAGGAACGUCAAAGCUCUAUACAGAAGGGGUCAAGCGUACAGAGAUCUUGGCCUACUUGAAGAUGCUGUGUCUGAUCUGAGCAAGGCCAAUGAAGUUUCCCCUGAAGAUGAGACAAUUGCCGAUGUGCUAAGAGAUGUUAAGGAAAGAUUGGCUGUCGAGGGACCGGGCAAUGCAUCAAGAGGUGUGGUGAUUGAAGAUAUAACUGAAGAAAAUACUGUUACUUCCGGAGAGAAUAAAACUCCGCCUAAAGAGGUUACUGGGACACAACGAGAAAGCAGUGUUGGUGGUCAUGCUCAGGGCAUAAAGACUGAUGCUGAUGGAUUGCAGGCUCUCAGAGAUAACCCAGAAGCAAUCAGAACUUUCCAGAACUUCAUUUCAAAAACUGAUCCUGAUACACUUGCUGCUCUGAGCGGAGGCAAAGCUGGAGAUAUGUCACCAGACAUGUUCAAAACUGCGUCGAGCAUGAUAGGAAAAAUGUCACCUGAAGAGAUUCAGAAAAUGGUUCAAACAGCGUCUUCGUUUAAAGGAGAUAACCCUUUCACCUCGACUGCACCAUCUGCAGGAAACGGGUUUGCACCUACACCUGACAUGCUUAAGCUUGCAUCUGAUAUGAUGGGUAAGAUGUCACCAGAAGAGCGUGAGAGGAUGUUUAACAUGGCAUCAUCUUUGAAAGCAAAUGCUUCAGCUUCAACAUCAUACAGCAAUGCAGAAGCAUCUGAACCACGGGAUAGUGUAGGAGCGAGUGGGAUUAGUAGUUUAGCAGGUGAGUCUAGUUCUUCAGGUAAUUCCUUUGUGGCUCCAAGAAGCGGUUUCGGACCAAGUAUGCCUUCUGCUCCGCCGGCAGACUUGCAGGAGCAGAUGAGAAACCAAAUGAAAGAUCCAGCAAUGCGACAGAUGUUCACGUCUAUGAUAAAGAACAUGAAUCCGGAGAUGAUGGCUAGCAUGAGCGAACAAUUCGGGAUGAAGCUAUCUCAAGAAGAUGCUGUAAAAGCUCAGCAAGCCAUGGCUUCUCUUUCUCCGGACUCCUUGGAGAAAAUGAUGCGAUGGGCGGAUCGGGCUCAAACCGGGAUAGAGAAAGCCAAGAAAGCAAAGAAGUGGUUGCUUGGAAGAGGCGGAUUGAUAUUUGCUAUAUUAAUGCUCGUCUUAGCAAUGGUCCUUCAUCGGCUCGGCUAUAUUGGAAACUAAUUCCUUCGUGAAGAUCAGACCAGUCUCCGGUGGGUUCGUAGUUUGUAAAACUGUAACAUCGUUUUAUCUUUCUUUUAUUUUUACUUCAACACCCGUUCUUUUUGUUGGUCCUUUUUUUUUAUUAACCCACUUCUGUCUAAAUUUAUUUAUACCUUUGAACUUCUGUAGUGUUUUAAACUAGAGUUAAUACAAUAUUUCUUUUUUUAGA